CGUCGGCUCUGUGCUCGCACGCCUAUUAUUUAACUGGCAGCGGCUCGCCCUCGAUCGGAAUUUUCCAGACUUCUGUUUCUCUACCCUGUCUACAUCCUUCCUCAAUUCAUCCAAUUGCAAUAUGUCUACCGUCGGAAAAACUAUCACUUGCAAGGCUGCUAUCGCCUGGGGUCCCGGUGAGGAACUCUCCGUCGAGGACGUCGAGGUUCUGCCUCCACGUGCUCAUGAGGUGCGCAUCCAGCUCUACUACACUGGAGUUUGCCACACCGAUGCCUACACUCUCUCUGGAAAGGACCCCGAAGGUGCUUUCCCUGUCGUCCUCGGACAUGAGGGUGCCGGUAUCGUCGAGUCUGUCGGCGAAGGCGUGACCAGCGUCAAGCCGGGCGACCACGUUGUCGCUCUUUACACUCCUGAAUGUGGCGAGUGCAAGUUCUGCAAGUCCGGAAAGACCAAUCUUUGCGGAAAGAUUCGUGCUACCCAGGGCCAGGGCCUGAUGCCCGAUGGCACCACUCGUUUCCGAGCCCGCGGAAAGGACAUCCUUCACUUCAUGGGUACUUCAACAUUUUCUCAGUACACUGUUGUUGCGGACAUUUCCGUCGUUGCUGUCGACCCCAAGGCUCCAAUGGACCGCACUUGUUUGUUGGGUUGCGGUAUCACCACUGGAUACGGUGCUGCUACUAUCACCGCUAAGAUCAGCCCCGGCGAUAACGUUGCUAUCUUUGGAGCUGGAUGCGUUGGUCUCUCUGUCAUCCAGGGUGCCGUUCAGAAGAAGGCUGGAAAGAUUAUCGUUGUUGAUGUUAACGAUUCCAAGGAGGAAUGGGCUAAGAAAUUCGGUGCCACUGAUUUCGUGAAUCCUACUAAAUUGUCGCGCUCUAUCACCGAGGAGUUGAUUGCUAUGACUGAUGGCGGCGUCGACUAUGCGUUUGACUGUACCGGAAACGUGCAGGUCAUGCGUGCUGCUCUUGAGUCUUGCCACAAGGGAUGGGGUGAGUGCAUUAUCAUCGGUGUUGCGGCUGCUGGUCAGGAGAUCUCUACUCGUCCUUUCCAGCUCGUGACUGGACGUGUCUGGCGUGGAUGUGCUUUUGGUGGUGUCAAGGGACGCUCUCAACUUCCCGGGCUUGUUGAGGAUUAUAUGGAGGACAAGCUUAAGGUCGACGAUUUUAUCACCCAUCGUUUCCCUCUGUCAGAAAUUAGCGCCGCUUUCGGAGCAAUGAAGCAGGGUGAUUGUAUUCGUGCUGUUGUCGAUACUUUGUAAAAUAUCAAAUCGCAGCUAUCUGGGUAUAUAAUUUGUUGAUCGACAAUCGCUUUAACUUGAUCUUUUAAUAUAAUAAACAUUCUCGCCUCAUCUAAUCUGUAGUUGCUAUCAUCGUAAUUAUUAUGCUCGUACCGCUGUAUACGAAGGAUUGGAACGGAUUCGGUAGGGUACGACGGCGAUCUCUGGA